AUGACGAAGCACUCAAAACAUACUGGUAGACCCGUUGGAGGCGAGAGCACUCCGAAGCCUGGAGGAGCCGCACGUGCGGAGAAAGAACGCGAGUUCGGCGGACCGAGUAAGGAAGAAAUCAACACAGAAUCUUCAAAGGCAGCGAAAAAAGCUCUUGAACUUCAAAUCCGUUCCAAAGACCUUACACAAGCUGCCGCCGACGCUGGAGAUCCGGAAGAGCGACAAAGAUUGCUAGACGAAGCGCUUGCGAAAUCCAAGGAGGCUGAAUCGCUGGGGAAGACAGCAAAAUUCCUCAGUUCUGGCGGUUUCCAAGGUCUUCUCGCAGGUGGCAGUGUGGGAACAAUCGUUGGCGUCGGACUGGGGACGUUGGUCGGCACGUUGACUGGAGCUCUGGUCGGAGGCGUGGGUACGCUGGUUGUUGGAGGUUUGGGAAGCGGUAUUGGUUCGGCUGUUGGAGCGCUGCAUGGACCAUGGCUCAAGUCUGAAGAAGCACUUAGAGAUGGACUUGCCAAGAUAACUGGAGCGUUGCCAAAUUGGACCGCGACGAGUGAGCAGAAAGAGCAGUUGGAGAAGAUCAUGGGUCAAAUUGACAAGCAGGAAGCUCCGACGAUGGAGGAAUUAGAAGCAAUGACAAGUGUCGAUGGACCAGUUGAAUGA